AUGAGUAACUUUACUUCUUCUUCGCCAUCAUAUCAGGCUAUUGAUAAAGCCCUCGAACAAUACACGGUAGAUCUUGCCGCAACAACAACUUUGGCCACAUACCUCAAUAACAUUCUCAUCAGUGAACUUUCACCUUUACGCUUUGAAGAAGCUGAUAUUCCAGUCAUUGCAACCUUGAUGCUUCGUUCCAAUGCAGAUCUUUACAACAGAGUGACUUAUUCUCAAGAAUCUCAACUUGCACAACAAUCUCCACAUACAUUAAUACCAGGGAUGCCUUCAGACCCUAACUCACUUCCAAAGGGGUACACUCUAGAAAAUGUUGCCCGGGACUUUGUGCGGCAUCGUAAUGCCCUGAUGGGUAAUAUUGUCCCAAGAAAUUCAUUUAUUUAUCCGACUCAAGCAAGACUCCGAUUUUAUACUCGUUCAAUGUUUAUUUUUGACCAGCUCAAACGCAUUCUUCAAGAUUACAAUGAUGAUGAUCUAACUCAACAACAAACAUCACAUAACCACCAGCAUUCCAGCAGUAGGAGAAGUAGUAGUAGCAGUAGCAGUAACAGUAACAGUAGUAGUAAUAGUAAUAGCGGUAAUAGCGGUAAUAGCGAUAAUAGCGAUAACAGCAAUAGUAGUCGGAGGCAUACCCAUCGUUCACAUGGCAGUAAUCACCACCAUCAUCAUCAUAUUUCAUCACAUCAAACUUCUUUAAGUCCAGAAUCCCAACACUGGGCAAAUGAAAUCCGCACAACUUUUGGAGUUUCUGCACAUGACAUUGCAUGCACGUGGCUUCCAGCACAACCCUUUUUUUCUGUCAUGUCUCGAUUUGUUAUGCUAGAAAGUCAUUUCCGUGAACCUUUGAUAGCCCGGUAUUAUGUUGCUAGAUUUAAUUCUGGAAUGUCGGCUCAAAGGUUUUCUGAUGUGAUGCAUGAAAAACUGCAAGCUGCUCAACAAGCUUAUGACGAUACACCGACUUGA